GGAGCUGAAGUUAAACAGCAUUGCGGUUAUCGUUCCUGACCGUGGACGGUCUAAGCCACCCAAAUCUUUUCAAAUGGGCCCCAUCGCCUAGCGUUUUCUUCCCGAAAGCCUCCGACUGAGUUGCGCAGGGUGCUAGAAAACAUCAGCACAAACGAGAAGGUUACCAUCUAAGGCACAGUAAACAAGUGAGAAGCAUGGCAGCAAUCCCAGCUAGCGGAUCUCUUGUAGCCACCCAUGACUAUUACCGGAGGCGCCUUGGCUCUACAUCAAGUAGCAGCUCGUGUGGCAGUUCGGAAUACACUGGGGAGGUUAUUCCACAUCACCCAGGCCUGCCCAAGCAAGACGCUGGUCACUGGUGGUCGAGCUUCUUCUUCGGGAAGCAGCCGGGUAUGGGCUCCCUGGCUGAAGAGGCCCAGCAGAAAUCGGGGCUGAGCGUGACUGACGGGCAGGUGAUGUGUGUUGCUCGGGAUUUGGUGAAGAGGCAGGCCAGCGAGAGUAGCGAUGCUGGGAAGUCGGAGGUCGGGAGUUCUCAUUCCUAGUCCUGCUUGGGGGACUAACGCAAGGGGACGGGAAAUGGCCCUUAUUUUAUUUUAUUUGAGUUUUUUAAUUCUUAUUUUAUUUUAGUUUUCACCUUUUAUGUGUAGAAUACAUUGCUUUUAGGUUAUUUCAUAACCAACCAUUAGUUUAUAUUUGGCUUAAAAUAAAAUGAAGGUAUUAAAGUGGUGUUUUUGUACGUUUUUACACAUCUGUAGCACUGUUUUUGUUACUACUUUCCACUGUAUCACUGUGUUCACAGAAACAAUAAAAUUUUAAAGUAGACAAA